AUGACGAAAAGACAAGAAUUUGUUCUUCAAAAACGUGAGAUGAGCUACCCAGCAACUGAAAACAACAUCCUUGUUUUCACUCAAACAUUGCAAGAAGAGAUGUCGAUGGGUGACGACGGCAUCCAUAAAAUCAUGCCUAUCACCACAGAUUUGGUCUGUCUGCAAACCAGGUCUCAAAUCAAAUUCUUGAACCCAAAGACAACACAACUUGCAUCAAUUGAAUGGCCAUAUGAUGUCCCUCUCAGCAAUUGUGAAACAGCAUUUGGAUUCGUGUACUGGCGUGUAGACAAACUAUCCUCUGAAAUAGCAACACCUCAAGAGUUGAUGGUCGUGUUUGACUACCACACUCAACAAUUCCAAACCAUAAACUGCCCUCCAUCUCCAAUCUUCUUUAACCCCACUGAUCCUUCUCAUAUGAAUCUCCAUGUGAAAAUAUUGGACUUCCAGGGGACUUUGUGUGUAAUAGAUGAGUACCACAUUACUUAG